GGCUUUUGAAUUUCUUUUGCCCGUGACCCGACUGAGGGACGACCAAUCGCCGGUCUUAGUAACCUCCUGGUGUUCGUCCGACUGAAAAAAAAAAAAAACUGAGUCAGCCAUCGAUCCUAGCAUAUCAAGAUUCGAGAGGCUUACCUAAACCAAUCUACUUCUCAAUAAACUGCUGUGUAAAACUGGUUGGUAUCCUUCCAAGUUCCCCCCCACUGAUCCCCAGUCCCCAGUCCCCACAACUACCCACCCCCUUCCUUCCUCCCCUGCUUCAACAGAAAGACAGUCAACAAGACACCCUCAACACUCAAACCAUCAAAAGGAAAAAAAAAAAAACAGUUCAAAGAUGGUUGAAGAAGCUGGUUCUGGCGCUCUCCCCUCAGGUUCUGCCCCGCCGAUCGGAAAUAGCAUCUCACCUGGUGGUCCUGGCUUCGUGAUGGCUGACUUCGCAAAGCUUUCGAUCUUUGGCACGGUUUUCGAGGUCACCACAAGAUAUACCGACCUCCAACCCGUAGGAAUGGGCGCAUUCGGAUUGGUGUGUUCGGCCAAUGACCAGUUGACGGCUACGAAUGUGGCAAUCAAGAAGAUCAUGAAACCAUUCUCAACGCCCGUAUUGGCAAAAAGAACCUACAGAGAAUUGAAAUUGUUAAAGCACAUCAGACACGAAAACAUCAUCAGUCUCUCAGAUAUCUUUAUCUCUCCCUUGGAGGAUAUCUACUUUGUGACCGAGUUAUUGGGUACCGAUCUGCAUAGGUUAUUGACCUCUAGACCCUUAGAAAAACAGUUCAUCCAAUACUUUCUUUACCAGAUCUUGCGUGGCUUGAAAUACGUCCACUCAGCUGGUGUUGUCCAUCGUGAUUUGAAACCAUCCAAUAUAUUGGUCAACGAAAACUGCGAUCUGAAGAUAUGCGAUUUUGGAUUAGCAAGAUUACAAGAUCCUCAGAUGACCGGAUACGUCUCAACACGAUAUUAUCGUGCGCCCGAGAUUAUGCUAACUUGGCAGAAAUACGAUGUGGCUGUCGACAUAUGGAGUGCUGGUUGCAUCUUUGCUGAAAUGUUAGAAGGCAAGCCUUUAUUCCCCGGGAAAGACCACGUCAAUCAAUUCUCCAUCAUUACCGAGUUACUUGGAACUCCUCCUGACGAUGUGAUUGCCACAAUCUGUUCGGAAAAUACGCUUCGAUUUGUCCAAUCCUUGCCAAAGCGAGACCGGAUUCCCUUCAGCACCAAGUUCAAGAACGCCGAUCCACUUGCGUUAGACUUACUCGAGAGGAUGUUGGUGUUUGAUCCCCUAAAGCGGAUCAAUGCCACCGAGGCUUUAGCCAAUGAAUAUUUAUCUCCUUAUCAUGAUCCAACUGAUGAACCUAUUGCCAAUGAGCCUUUCGACUGGUCCUUUAAUGAUGCUGAUUUGCCCGUCGACACUUGGAGGGUCAUGAUGUAUUCCGAAAUCUUAGACUUCCAUGAUGUCAAAGAACCUCCUACAGGACAUGAGCAAGCUCAGUCAGCCCAUGAACAAGCACAAGCCAUCGAAUCCAAUUGAAGCCUCAUUCUAGACCAUUCCUCACUCACAUAUCAUCUCAAUCAACUAUUCUCAUCCAGACAAACAUAAAAUCAUAAACACACACUAACACUAAGACUUAUUUCAAACUUGAUUUUUCUUCCCUCUCUAUCUCUAUCUCUCUCUCUCUCUGUUCCUAGUUUGAGUGUGACAAUUGUGAGAGUAUACUGAUAACAUAGAUAAAUGCACAUUCAUCUUUUACUUUCUCAUAACCUAUGUGUUGUAAUAUGAUUUUUUUACUCCAUUCCAUAUAAAUACAUCAUUUUUUUUUUCAAACAAAAAAAGAACUACUGUAAUAUAUAUCUUUAUUUAUAGCUAUUACAUUGUUUCUUAUCUUUUCUGAUUGAAAGAAUACUCUUCAAAAAUACAUCUUUUCUAUCUUGCUUUUUUGAAAACCAAUGAUUAUUUAUAAGAGAUGACAAAAAGUCAACAUACUCUUUUGAUUUGUUUGUCUGAUUGAUUGUCAUCUAUUGUCUUUUUUUACAAAUAACUUAUUCUUGCUAUUUCCCAUGGUUUCAAUUUCUCUUUUCAAGAGUUUUUCUGUUGCCUUUAUAUGUUCUUUUGAAACCAUAGUGGCCACAGG